AUGCAUAUAAUAGUGAGAAAGAUGAUCAAGUUCUUCGUAAAUAAGAUUUUGUAUCAACGAUUUGAACUUUUAAAUCUUGAUAAAAAACAAAAAGACAUUGACGACUUGUACGAUGACAUUAAACACAGCCACGUCGCCCAACCAAAUGAACCGCGUCUCAAGACUUAUCUAAUGGGAUUAGAGCGAUAG